UGUGUUAACAUAAUCGAUUGGAAAACAGAAAAAUACUGGGAAUAGCCGCUUGCAGAGAAUAUACAUUGGCAUGAAUAUUCUAUCAAAUCACAGUUACGUUAGCAACUUAUGCUGCAGAAGCGUCAAUCACGUCCAACGUUACUUUUCUAAUGUUUCCCGGCUGAAAGUGCUGUUCUUCGGUACGGAUAGUUUCUCACUUCCUAGUCUAAGGAUUAUUCAUAAAAACGUAAUAGAUAAUGGACGAGUGCAGAGCUUGGAGGUGGUGACAUCAUUUAAAGCAUCCAAAAACCCAGUAAAGCAGUACAGCUUAGUGAACAAAAUUCCGGUGCACGAUUGGGUUGACUUUAAACAGAGUGCCGACAUUUCUUUUGAUUUAGGUGUGGUUGUGUCUUUCGGACAUCUUAUUCCGGAGGCAAUCAUCAAUACUUUUGAUCGGGGCAUGCUUAAUGUACAUGCUAGUUUGUUGCCAAAACUACGAGGGGCAGCUCCAAUUGUACACGCCAUCGCAAACGGGGAGCAGCACACCGGAAUAACCAUCAUGCGUAUCAAGCCGAAGCACUUUGAUGUAGGAGAAAUUUUACUACAAUCAAGUGUGGAUAUUCCGCGCGAUAUAUUGAUGCCACAGUUGCACGAUCAGUUGGCACAAACUGGAGCGACAUGCUUGAUCCAGUGUAUCGAAGACAUAGAAAGUUACUAUGAAAAACUAGUCAAACAGAAUGAUUCGAUGGCUACUUACGCACCAAAAAUUGAUGCCAAAUUUGCAGAAAUACGUUGGAAUGGUACCGAUGCAAUCGGCAUAUACAACCUGUAUCGUUCGCUGUACGGUUUCCGGCCGUUGAACACUUCGUUCGCAGGAGAGGUAGUAAAAAUUUUUGAAAUGUCAUUUAACCAUGACCAAAACCCUGCAGCACGGUCGACAAUGAAGAGGUCUGGUUUUAUCGAGUACUCUAAAGUAUUGAAAAGCCUAUUUGUGCAUUGUAGCGAUGGUCGUUUACUGGAAAUAAUUAAGCUAUCCAUAGGAGGAAAGAAGAUUUUGACCGGGCGAGACUUUCAUAACGGAUUUUUGAGUAAAGUUGAUCCCUCAAAAAGGUUUUUCAAUUGAAUAAAGUGCUUACAGCUACAUAAGUGGCAAUUU